UGUCUCGACGAGGCGGGUGAAAUAAUGGAAGACUAUGAAAAGUUCAUACAACGCCGACUUUACGAACUGAAAAGGAAGGAUAGAAACGACAACAACAAGAACCAACGCCGGACACUGGAAUCACCGUGUUCUCGCCACGGAUCAUCAGCUAUCCGUUUCCAUGGCUCACCCAUCCUUCCUCCAUUGCUCACAGGAGUGCAAAGAGAAGAGAUGCAGAGACACAGAGAGGCAGCCAAGAGGACGAUGGAUAGGAGGAAGACUCAGCCCUCUGAGACGAGGAUGUCCUACAUUCAGAACAUUCUACACAGUGUUCAGCUGAGGCAAGCACCAACACUGGAGGAGUUCUUUCAGGGUGAACCAGGACUAACGGCAGCCAACACCACCAACCUACACCACAGCAAUGUCCGCCAGGUUCUAGCGUCGCAGAAUGAUGAUGUCACCGAGACCAAGGACAGCUUGCCGGGGUCGUCCUCCCCACCAACCUUAACCGUCAUGCAUGAUGGGAAAGCAGGCAUCCUCGCCCGAGGUCCUCCCAUGACGUCGACAGCCUACGGCGCCUUCACAACAAAUCACCUUACAACUCUCCAUAACACCACCACUGUGAGGGAGACCUUCCUAGAUAAGCUGGUCUGUGACCCCAUGGCACCUUCUCUAGCUAGAGAGACAACCACACACACCAACCAGGUUGCUCCACAAACAGAGACCCGGACCAGGGAGAGACUCUUGUAUGACCAGGAAAAGACCACCAAUGCUGAGUGUGUUCUGGAGGAGGACCUGGGUUCAGGAGAAGCAACGGUGGAUCCUCUAGCUGACAUAAGCCAUCAGUCUUCUGGGUACGUGACGUGUGAAAACGCGGAGGCCACCUGUGUCCUGAGUCGGACUGAGGCUGGGGAGAGCAUUUUGUCAGGGCCUGAGGAGGGGACACCAGUUGGAACGGGGGUUUCUCCUACACAGCACCUCCGAUACAAACACAACCAAGAUGAGGCGAGCGUGACGUCGUCCUGGUGUAAUGAUGUCAUACCAGACUAUUUAGAGGAAGUGUUGGUGACGGGGCCUCUACAGAGCAGCGAUAUCACACCUCCUGUAGAAGACCGCAGAGCAAGUGACCCAGGAAAGAAGUGUAGCACUGCUAAUAUUGUGACUUUCCCCCAGCAUCAAGCCUCAUCAUCACUAUCAGACCGUCCUGAACCCAAGAUUGUAGUGACAUGUCCUCAGGCUGAGGCCUCAACACUGGACCUCUGCAAACCAGACCAGAACCAGGCAUCAGACUUAGACCUGGACCGACCGCAGGGACCAUACCGGCUCAGCCUCCAGACUCUUCUAAAGAAAUCCCAGGCCGUUUUGGAACGCCCCAAACCAGGCAGGAACCAGCCAGGGUCAGAACCAAAGAGCCAGUCUGGAGAUGUAGACUUGGACCCGGAACCAGUGACAGGGCCGUACCGCCUCAGCCUCCAGACCCUGCUGAAGAAGUCCCAGGAGCACCGGAGACGCCAGCGUCAGCUGAAGAACCAGGCCAAGGUCUCUACUUGUCCUACCAGGACCCAGGAGGCCUCGACACACCAGAAGAUGGAGGAGGAGAUGAGUUUCUCAGACAAGGAGAAUGAGGAGUUCCUGCAGUCAGGGAGAGUGGUGGCGGAGGGAAGGAAAACCCGGGACAGGGAUUGGAGAAAGGAUCAUCUGGGAAUGGGAGUCCAGUUUUCCGGGUCGCCACCACUAGAGAUAUUCCCUAAGGAAGCGUGGGUUCAACGAGUGGACAUUGAUGCUGGCUCGGCAGUCGAAGACAUCCAGCUACACCUCUCACCAGACGUCACAGCAGCACCGUCAAUGCUAAUGGAGAACCUUCCACAUCCUAUCUCAGCUGAUUCCUCCAUAACCCAGAAAUCAUUCUACCUAGUCAGGGAGAAGAGCUCUACCCUGCCGAGGCCUUCCUCUCUGGGGGGUAGUAGGUUCCAAACCGUCCCUACCCCCCAGUUUAGUAUGAGCCCUAUCCGCUGUAAGAGUAAAGGAGACAGUGGGGGAGGAGGGCGUGGCACCCCCAAGAGGCAGAUCCUGGUAAACACACCUUUGAAUGUAGACAACGAGGUGAGGUCGGUGACUGGGCAGGAAAAUAAUGCUUGGGACCAAAGGCAUCUGCAUAGAGCGCCCCUAGUGGUUGAGGGUGGUAUAUCACAAGGCUUUACUGUUCCUACAACUCCCCUAGUGGCUGGGGGUGGUACAACACCUAUGCGUAGGAGCUCAGACCAGGCAGAACAGAUAGCUCAGCUGGAGCUCAACCUGUCCAGCCUCAAAAUACUGAUCUCAGACCUGGAGUCCACACUAACAGAGACACCAGAGAUACACCAGACACACAACAACAGGCAGACUGAUAAUAGUAGUAACCUUACCAUGGACCCGCCACAUAAAUACAUGGACUACCAUACACCUGAGAGUCAGGCAGAGAGUAACCUUACUGACAGUGAGAAAGGAAGAGGGGAUGGAGGUCAGAGGUCAGCUGAUAAGAUGACGGUGGUCCCCUGUAGAGUCCAGGGGUGUGACAGCGUACCUCCAUUGGUCAAGGCGGUGGAGAUCACUAAGAGGAGAGUUUCUGACGUGUUCCGGAAGGUUCCAUAUGAUGUCAUCAAGGUUCAGUCGGAUGUCAUCAAAGUUCCGUCGGAAGUCAUCAAGGUUCGGAAUGACGUCGUCAAGAUCCCAGCAUCACACAAAACACAUUUCUCCGUCCUCUCAGACGCCAGUAACAACCAGCACCAGCCAAUGGAGUGGAAGAGUUAUCCGGAGGACCCCGCCCACUUCCAAUCCAUCAACCAAUCAUAUGACGUGGACACGCCCUCAGGGCUCUGGCUCCAGGGAGGGUCAGGGUCAGAGGGGUCGUUGAAAGGUCAUGACCCCGCGGGGAAGCAGCUGACCCCUGAGAACGGAGGUGGUGGUCAGGGAGGGGCGUCAAGGGCCAAACGUAGACUGGUCAUGCACACGACAGAGGGGAACAGGGGAGGAGGACGAAGAGAGGUGAUGGACAGGCCUCACUCUAGUACUCCUGAAGCUGCGGUGCUGUCACACAGUCAGGAGAGCCAGCAGCUGAAGCAGCUCCAGCUGACCCAUGCAGGCCAGGUCAGAGCCCUGAAGGAGGAGCAGAGGAGACAGCAGCAACAACUACUGCAGUCUCCCAGGUGUCUGUCUGUGUGUUACGGUCCCCUGGUGGCAGCAGCAGUGAAGGGAUACCUAACCAGGAGGCUCCUACACACAGAGAGAGUGGGACAGCUGCUAUGUACCAUCAAGGACACGCAGCAGUUCCUACAGUCCUUCCAGCCCCAGAGCCCUGGGAGAGACAGCAGGCAAGACCUGGUGCUGCAGGAGAGAGUCACACUGCAGCUCCGCUCUGCACGUUAUGAGGUCCAGGACAUCUUCUGUCUGUCAGCAGGAGACAGGAUGCAGAUCAUCAGCUGGGACAGACAGCUGGCCAGGGACAGAGAGAUGAGACGCAAGACUGGGGAAUCGGGGUCGACCAGGGGGAAGAGUUCUCUGUCAGCUGCUACACAGAAAGCCCUGGAGAGGAAGAGAGGAGUCAUGAUGAGGAAAACGGCAGAGAGGCAGAAGGGGACUGGAGCUGGGGUUGUAGCUGGCCAGAAGGGCCCUCUGGCUGGGGUUGUAGCUGGUCAGAAGGGCCCUCUGGCUGGGGCAGAGGGGCAGAAGGGGACUGGAGCUGGGGUUGUAGCUGGUCAGAAGGGCCCUGGGGCAGAGGGGAACGUCGUGAAGCAGAUACGUGGGUCUUUUCGACCCAACCCUCAAAGGGUCCCCAAGACCACCCAGUCUCGCAGAUCUCGGUGAAGAUGGUCUACUUAUCAGGCUAGACUGGACCGGAACUGGGUCGUGUUCAUUUUGGCACAGUGUUGUAGCAAAACAUUUUGCACAGGAGAAUGAAAACGAGUGUUUCUUAUUGGACAAGUUCAGGGUCAUAUUCAUUAGUGGAAAUCUUUGGGGAAAACGAAAACAAGCGUUUCUUAUUGGACAAGUUCAGGUAGUCCCUCCCUUGACCCAGGUAAUGAAUACUGUUGAUACCUAAAAAGAUAUACACACACAAUCCAUCUCACUUAACCCUAAAACAAUAUGCCCCUAUGUGCUCUGGUCAAAAGUAGUGCACUACAAAGGGUUGCCAUUUGGGACGAUUCCUUAGUGUUUCUUGCUAACUAGUGGACAUUGUAUUUGAACUUGAUUGUAUUCUACAAAGGCACAACUCACUGCAUUCAAAUGCAUCUUAGCUACUACAUACUGUAUGUGACAAUCUAUUCUUACCACAAGACCUCAGGACUUGUUUUUGGACACACUGUUUGUAAUAUGUUAGUUUUACACAUUUUACACUAUUUAUAUUUCCUAUAGCGAUUUGUGGUACGGUAUUGGGAUGGCAAUGCAACCAAAGCCCAGAAAACCCAAGUCUUAUUUUUGAAGGUCUGUUCUGAGUGUUCUUCUUUCCUACUGUUUUUGUUCUAAAUUAUUUUGGAAGUGUUUUUUAAUAAAUGUGUUUUUUAUAAAAAA